UACACCAUACUGUUUUUUUAAUUGACAUCAAAUAACUUCAAACCUGAAAGUGUCAAAUGGCUCGAAAUCGACACACACACACACUCCAUCGAUCACGGGCAGAAACGGCUCCAUCCAGUUUGUCCUUCAAAAUCAAAAUGGUCUCGGAUCACAAACCGGGAAAGCCCCCCGACCUACUUCCCCUCCGCUGCCCACCUAUUUCACCUCUAGUCUCUAGGCUCUGGAGACCUCGCGCACCAUCCCACCAGCAGCAAGCGCCCACUAAUUCCGCACCACAACGCGCACUCUCCGGCACCACCGCCGUCCUCGCGACGUCACAUAGUACGCAUUACGCACUCGCGCGCGCGCGUGCGCGUACAUUUACGCAGCGAUGAGCUCGAGAACGCACCACCCCUGCUUUGCGUCUGUGGAGUCAUGGGAGCAAGCGGCGAUGGCGCACGACGGCUUCCUCGGCGAUCUUGCCUGCCCGCUCCCGCUCGCUCACGCUGCAACCGCGGCGCCGUUCGACCCGCUGCGGGUACAUGUGGCGCACGCGCUCACGGGCGCCGGCGCGGGGUGGGAACACGACGCCGCGACGGGCGCGCUCGUGCCGUCGCGGCCGCGACCGCUGUCGCCGUCCUCGCUCGCGGCGGCCACCGCCGUAGUAGUUGGAGGAGGAGGAGACGCCGUGGAGGCCGCGCUGAUGGAGCAGCUUGCGAGCAGGCUCGGCGUCAGCGUGCCUUCGCCGCCGCCAUCGCGGUACGCGUCCUGCCACGGCACGCCGGCGGGCUCCCCCUCCAAGUCGGCGGCGCCGUGGGUGCUGGCCGGGGACGCGGCGCCUGCGGAGCGCGCCACAGGGCUCCCGUGCUUCCCGGCCUCCUGUGGGGAGCUCUCGCGCGUGCCCAGCUGCCAGUCGUCGCUUCUCGGCGAGCACGCACCGACUCCGGCGCCCGCGCCGUUGCCUGGCGCUGCUAAACAGCACGCGAGCGACGGGUCGUGCAGCGAUGGCCCCUGCCGGAAGCGGAAGGCGUCGGGCGGCAAGGCCAAGGACGUGGUCACCACGGCCACACCCAAGUCCCGGGAGCCGGAGACGAUGGCCAAGAGACGCAAGCUCUCGACAGACGCCGCCCGCGACGAGGCUGGGUCGCACGGGAACGGCAAGGGGAAGGAGGUGGCGCCGGCGGCAGAGCCAGAGCCACAGCCACCCAAGGACUACAUCCACGUGCGAGCGCGGAGGGGCCAGGCCACCGACAGCCACAGCCUCGCCGAGCGGGUGAGGAGGGAAAAGAUCAGCGAACGCAUGAAGCUGCUGCAGGACCUCGUGCCAGGCUGCAGCAAGGUAAGUAAACAUCGACGGCCGUUGCUCAAAAUUCGGUUGAAAACACACGCAUAUUUCAAUUUCCAAAGACUCCUCGACCUCGUGAAGGUUACCGGGAAGGCCGUGAUGCUGGACGAGAUCAUAAACUACGUACAGUCGCUGCAGUGCCAGGUGGAGUUCCUGUCGAUGAAGCUGUCGACGGUCGACCCGCGCCGGGAGCUCGACGUGGGCUGCUUCGUCGUCCCCAAAGACGACGUAACGAUGCAGGCCAACAGGCUGUGCGCGCCCGCGACGUCGUCGUCGAGCUCAGCCUUCUGCUACGCCGCGCGGAGUGUUGUUACGAACGCCAAAGGAUUCGAGACGCCGCUGCCCUUGGCGAACCAUGGCGUCGCGGCGGACGACAGGCCACUUGAGCGGCGGACUCGAGACGCAGGUCCCCAGGCGGGGAGCUUGUGGGAAGAGGACGAUCUGCAGAGCCUGGUCCUGAUGGGAUUCCGGGGCCGUUGAUCGUUGACGCUCUGAUUAGGCUAGGCCGCUAGGGACGACAGUUCGUUUCCACCGACCGCCAACCAAAGCGAGAGUUGCAGGGCCACGUAACAGCAGGGUUGGGCUCCAAUCAUUGGGAACUCUCCAUGAUUGUACACAGACAGGACGCUUACACGCUAAUUUCCAGCUCGGCGGAGGCCAAGAAACGAAACAAAAAAAAAAGGCGAAAAGAAGAUGUUUUUUUCUCGCAUUCCCCCUCACGAAUUUGCAGUUUAAUCGAUGUAAGAUAACUCAAUGUAAUUAUUAAUGGUAUUUGAGUCUUAUAGACAUCAAGUUGAUGAAAUUUUAUACUACACAAGAUGCUUUCGGUAACA